AAAAAGAUAAAAUCAUCUGAACACCACAGUAGAACUCACAUUACCAUAUUAAAAGUAGGUACACAUCCAAUUUUCCAUCUGCCACAACUCCUACAAUGGCUUUUAUUGCCCUCGUAACGUACAAGUUCCUCUGUUUCACUCUUGCUCUCAUCGCUGUCUCUUGCUGCUACUCAGCAGGAUAUGCAGAGGAGAACCCGGCGCAAACGUUUGUGACAGCCUUAGCAUGCUUCAACAAUAAGUUUAUAUAUGCCGGUUGCGAUGAAGCAUACAGAUUGAAUGAGAGUGGGAACUUCAAUGUCCCUCCUGAAGCAACUGAUCUGUUUUGCCAUGGACCAUGUCUGGCUGAGACACAGCAAGUGCUAAAUUGCGUUGAUCACAUGUUAUCAGGCUUCGUUUUCAAUAAUAGGGCAACACUACCAGAUAUUAGAGGUGCACUGCGUGCUGGUUGCAGCUACACCAGCCAAAGAGGAAAGUUCAAUGGUUUUGGACCUUUUGGUGAGUAUAUACAAGGUGAAACGAGCAAUGCACAGAAGCUACCAAAUUUUAGCAGCUUUUUCACUUUCUUAAUUGUUACUGGAUGCUCUCUCUUCAUCUUACACUGAAUGUACCAGGUACCACAUUUGAAGUUGAAACCACACUAUACAUUUAUGUGGGUUUAAUGUACCACAUGAACAGAGAUAUAGAUUAUCUCUAAGAUGAAAGCUCUUGCAUGUUCUAGUUUACAAGAAGUUCUUUA